GCCGCCGCCGCCAUCAUGGAGUUGUGCGAGGAGGCGCUGAGGAAGCAGCUGGCCAAGUAUAAAUUCAGAGACCUGACGAUAGAAGAACUGAAGAAUGUUAACAAGACCUACCCAAACUUUGUAUUCUCCAUGAACACAUACACCUUCAAAGAUGGGUCCCAGAAAGAUCUCCUAAAUUUUAGUGGCACUGUUCCAGUGAAGUAUGGUAAUUCAUAUAACAUACCUGUCUGUCUGUGGAUUAUGGAUUCUCAUCCUUUUGCUCCCCCCAUUUGCUUCUUGAAACCGACUGCAAACAUGGAAAUUUCAGUGGGAAAACAUGUUGAUGCUCGUGGCAGGAUUUAUUUGCCCUACCUGCAAAGCUGGAGCCAUCCUAAAUCAACUGUCAUUGGAUUAAUCAAGGAAAUGAUUGCAAAAUUUGAGGAAGAGCUCCCUUUGUAUUCACUGUCAUCUUCUGAUGAAGCGAGGCAAUCGGAACUCCUCUCUUACAUUGCAAAGAUUACGGAAGGAGAGACUGACAUUAAAUCAAAGGGUAAAAUUGGUGGAGACAAAGAUAGAUGUUUUAAGAAAAUUACUAUAGUUGGAGCUGGAGAUCUUGGCAUGGCCUGUGUACUAGCAGUGGCAGCAAAGGGUGCUGCAGACAAGGUGGUUCUUUUGGACCUUUCUGAAGGUGCAGCAAAAGGAGGAACCAUGGAUUUGGAGAUAUUUUCUCUGCCAAAUGUAGAGAUCAGCAAAGAUUUUUCUGCUUCAGCUAAUUCAAAAGUUGUGGUACUUACAGUUAACUCUCUGGGUAAUGCUCAGACUUACCUUGAUGUCAUACAAAGCAAUGUGGCUCUGUUCAGAGGAAUUAUCCCAGCAAUAUCACACUACAGUCAGAACAGUGUUCUGCUUGUUGCUUCUCAUCCAGUUGAAAUAAUGACAUAUGUAUCGUGGAAGCUGAGUGCAUUUCCCAAAAGCAGAGUUCUUGGAAUAGGUGGCAAUCUGGAUACUGAGAGAUUUCAGUAUAUUCUCACAAACCUUUUGAAAGCAGAGGUGCUGGGAAAAGAUGCUUGGAUUGUUGGUGAACAAGGGGAAGACAAAGUGCCUUCAUGGACCAGUUGUAAAUCAGCUGCAAACCAAAUUGAAACAAUGGCUGCUCGCAAUUCAAGGGAGAAAGUGGCUAACAGAGCUUUGGAAAUUCUAAAGGGAAAAGGUCAGAGAUCAUGGUCUGUUGGGCUGUCGGUUGCUGAUCUGAUUGACAGUAUACUGAAAGACAAAAGAGAGGUUCAUUCUAUAUCCAUUCUGGCAAAGGGAUGUUUUAAUAUAAACAGUGAAGUAUUUUUAAGUCUACCUUGUAUUCUGGGAACCAAUGGAGUAAUUGAAUUGGUCAAACUAGAAGAAGAUCCACUAGUGCUAGAGAAACUGCGCAGCAGUGCUGCAUCAAUUCAUGAUCUUCAGCAACAACUGAAACUUAUAAGUAUAGAGACCUAACUGUACAGGAGACCAUCAGUGUUAUUACUCAGUACAAGGAUCUCAAACC